AUGGCGGUCGGCAAGAACAAACGCAUCUCGAAGGGCAAGAAGGGCGGCAAGAAGAAGGCCGUGGACCCCUUCAGCAAGAAGGACUGGUACGAUGUGAAGGCGCCCUCCAUGUUUGUGGUCCGCAACGUCGGCAAGACGCUGGUGACGCGCACUCAGGGCACCAAGAUCGCGUCUGACGGCCUCAAGGGGCGCGUGUUUGAGACCUCCCUGGCGGACCUGCAGAAGCUGCUGGGCGGCUGUGGCGGCAGCGGUGGCAGCGGCGCCAGCACAGCUGCAGCGACUCAUACAACAGCAGCAGCAACAGCAGCUGCAGCAGCAGCAGAGGAGCCAGCAGCGGCCGCAGUGAAUAACGAGGAGGACGCGUACCGCAAGAUGAAGCUGCGCGUGGAGGACGUCCAGGGCCGCAACUGCCUCACGCAGUUCUGGGGCAUGGACUACACCACCGACAAGCUGCGCGCCAUGGUGCGCAAGUGGCAGUCGCUCAUCGAGGCCCACGUGGACGUCAAGACCACCGACGGCUACACGCUGCGCAUGUUCGCUAUCGCCUUCACCAAGAAGCGCCCCGGCCAGAUCAAGCGCACCGCCUACGCCAAGAGCGCGCAGACCCGCACCAUCCGCCGCAAGAUGAUGGAGAUCAUGGCGCGCGAGGCCUCCAGCUCCGACCUCAAGGACCUCAACGUGGCCGUGCGCAAGGUCAAGGUCCUCAAGGCGCCCAAGUUUGACCUGACCAAGCUGAUGGAGGUGCACGGGGACUACAGCGCCGAGGAGGUCGGCGCGCGCGUGGAGCGGCCCGCGGCGGCGGCGCCGGCGGAGGGCGAGGCGGCGGCGGCGCCCGCGGAGUGA